UUAUAAGUCAACGUCUUGAGCUUUCUCUAUAGCCAACGGACGUGCAUGCGCUUCCUUUGCUCUUCCGCUUGUCAUCUUGUUGUCACAGGCAUCACAUUCGUCUCCAAACCUUAAUCUUCUUCUUGGUUCACCUCUGACCCAGUCUCUGCGCUCUUCCAGAUUUAAAUCGUAGAUGGCAUCGGAGCCUUUCACCUUCGGACCUCACAAAAUCAAUCCGGCGGAAGUUUUUUACACCACAUCUCUGUCGUUUGCAAUGGUCAACUUGCGUCCUGUUCUUCCCGGUCAUGUGCUCAUCUGCCCAAGGCGUGAAGUAAAGCGCUUUGUUGAUCUUAGUGCUGACGAGACUAUUGAUCUAUGGCUUACUGCAAAGAAAGUUGCUGGUCAGUUGGAACACUACCACAAAGCAUCAUCUCUGACUUUUACAAUUCAAGAUGGGCCGCAAGCUGGACAGACCGUGCCGCAUGUUCACAUUCACAUUGUCCCCCGCAAGGCUGGUGAUUUUAAGGAGAAUGAUGAGAUCUAUGAUGCGAUCGACCAGAAGGAGAAGGAACUGAAGCAAAAGCUCGACGUAGAUAAGGAAAGGAAAGAUCGGAGCUCUGAAGAGAGGGCCCAGGAAGCAGAGGAGUACAGAAAGCUUUUACUAUGAGUCAUGCUCUUGGAUCGGGCAGGAUGGCUUGCAUCAGUUGAUUCUUUUUCUUGUGAACAAUCUGCAAUUAGCUUUCGGUGCAUGCAUUGCCUGUAUCUUGGCUCUGGACCUCUCUACUGGAAGGAGCAUUCGUUUGUCUGCUAUUUGGCUUGUAAUGAUGUGUGAAUGAAUUUAGCAAUGCUGGAAGGUGAUGUGAUAACGUAAGGAGGUGGUUAUACUUGUAUGAAUAGAUGAUCUGAAUGUCGGUUUACAAACAAAUGAUGGAUUUUUCCGGGGAAAAAUACUCA